AUGGCUUCUCUGCUCGCCAAGGACGCCUACCUGCAGGGCCUGGCCAGGAAAAUCUGCUGCCAGCCCAGCCCGGAGCCGCAGAAACGCAAGUCCGCCAGCAAAACUCGAGGCUCCGAAGCUGCUGGACCCCCAAAAAAGAAGAGGAAGAAAGCGCAGAAGAAAUCCCGGGAACGGGAAAAGGCUGUGGAGCUGAAGACCCAGGCUCCGGGGGAAAAGUCUCCAGCAUCUUCCAGGGCCAAAAAGCCAGCAGUACCUGAGGAAGGAGAGGCCCUCAGCUCCAUGGGAUCUCCAGCAGAUGGGGAUGGGUGUUCUCUUGACUCUCUCUUUGCCCUGGAUGUUGUGAGGCAGCGGCUACAUGAAAAAAUGCGGGAGGCCCGGGGCCAGGGACACAACACGGAGCUGUCUCCCGCCGCUUUGGAGAAGAGAAGGCGGAGAAAGCAGGAGCGGGACCGGAAAAAGAGGAAACGAAGGGAGUUGAGGGCAAAGGAGAAGGUGGCAAAGGCUGCGGAGGCUGCCAAGCCGCCCCACGAGCGGCCCCACGAGCAGCCCCACGAGGAGGUGCAGCCGGGGCUGCUCUUCAAUAAGGUGGAGGUGACCGAGGAGCAAGCAGCCAGCAAGGCCCAGCGCCGGAAGGAGAAGAGGCAGAAGCUGAAGGGGAAGCUGGCGCCGCUGACGGGCAGGAACUACCGGCAGCUGCUGGAGCGCCUGCAGGCACGGCAGGCUCGGCUGGAGGAGCUGCGGAUCCAGGACGAGGGGAAGGCACGGGAGCUGGAGAGCAAGAUGCAGUGGACCAACCUGCUGUACAAGGCCGAGGGCGUGCGCAUCCGUGAUGACGAGCACUUGCUGCAGGAGGCCCUAAAGCGCAAGGAGAAGCGGCGUGAGCAGCGGAAGCGCAGGUGGGAGAAGCGCACGGCCCAAGUGGUCGAGAAGAUGCAGCGGCGGCAGGACAAGCGGCGGCAGAACCUGCGCAAGAAGAAGGCGGCCCGGGCCGAGCGGCGCCUGGACAAGGCCCGCAAGAAGGGCCAGAUCCUGCCCCAGGACCUGGAGCGGGCCGGCCUGGCGUGA